AUGCUAAUUCUCUUAACAAAGAAGAGCUCAGGAGGAGCGAGAUUGAGUUCAGGCUUAAACACUAUGGAGAUUGAGAGUCACGAUUCAGUCCCUGAGAAGAAUCUGGUUGAAGUCGCAUUCCGGCUAGGGACAGAGAGCUACACCAUUGAUGCAAACAGAGGCGAUUCUGUCUUGGACCAAUUGGUUUCGAUGAAAGAAGAAAGUAUGAGAAUACUGAAGGAGUUUAUUACAAAGCAUAAUGUUCCAGAUCAUGUCCCCGACGAAACCUUGUCUGGUGAAGAGAGUGAUGAGGAUGCUUCUUCGCUUGAAAAAUGUCUUGUGAAGCCGAAGAAGACGAAGAUUUGA